GAAAACAACCACACCCUCUGAGGCUUUGUUUCUCGUAACCACCCAUAGAUUUUUAUAGUGUACAGCUUAUCACCAAAAAUUGUCCUGUAAGAAAAGUUGGGACUGUGUCCAGUCGACUGUGCCUCAUCCACUGCACACAUUCUCAACUUUUCUGCCAGGACAAUUUCCACAACACCCAGCCCGCCCCCUUCCUGAACCAGUACAACUUUAAGAAGUCUUGAAAACAGUUUGAAGCAUGACAAACAAAUCCCUUGAAAAAAUCAAGGAGGAAUUUCUGUCAUUCAUUAAAGAAGAUGCCGUGGACCUCAGUGGGAUUGCAAACUUUGUAAAGCGUAAUCGUGACUUGAAGAUCCCACUCCUGAAACCAAGAGGUUCUGCUCUGAGAAUUUGUGGGCAGGAAGGAACCGUGUACGAAGGGGAUGAAGAACAGCUUGAAGCCUGGAAAGAUUAUUACCUGCCAGAACGGACGGAAAUGGAGGUGAUUGGUGCCAUUGAUGACUUCCCAUGUGACGCGUUUGGUCUGCAGUUGGUGCUUCUGUUGGGUGAAGAUGGAAGGGUCUUUGCCUACGAGGAUGAGCUUUUGCACCUCGUAGCCGUGAAUUUGAGGGACCUGCUCCAAUGCCAGAUGGUUUUCCCUGGAAUGGAAACCUUCAAGCUUGGAGAAUGUUUUGAAGAGCCGACUGCAGAAGAAUACCAUGAAAUGAUGGAAAGUGACGAGGUCAAAGAAAUGAAGAAAUUACACAAGGAGUUCAGACAAUCUCUGGAGCAUGAGUUUCUGAACACACAGAGCUGUAAUGUUCAUAUGCAAAAACAAGUGUGUUCAGAGAAUUUCACUUCAAGCACAAAACAAAGAAUUCAAGAACAUCCAUUAAUAUGCAAUUGCAAGCUGGAGAUGUCAGGGUCCUGCUCUCACAGUCGUAUCUGUUUUGUCUCGUAAUGUUUCUUUGUCUUGUGCUUGAGCUCUGUCUUUGUUUGUGUUGGUCAUAUGCUUCCCUCAUCCCACCUCCUUAUUUCUUGUUACUGUGACACCCUAAAGUAUUUUGGGUAUUGUGUUUGGGAUUGUGGAAGAAAGAGUUUAUUUUUUAUAUACUAUUUUUCAUAUUGUAUUUGUCAAAUGUAACAGGAAGCUGAAAAAUGUCAGGUGUAAAUCAUUGUUUAUUGGUGAGUGAGAUCGGUACUCUUAUUUUGAAAAUGAGCUGAGGACUCCUCACAAUUGCUGGGGAUUAUGUGCGAUACGUUUGCUCCCGUCUCCUCAAUUUUUCGUAUUUUAACAGGUGUGGCUUUUGUGUAUAAAUGUUCCGGUUUAUGAAGAUAUUGAAAAUGCGUAGAUCAUCCGCCAUUUGUGGACACUGUGAAAUGCAUUUUAUUCAUACAGGCUUCAGUUUAGGUUCAGGUUAGGAUGUUCUUUAUGUGUUUAUUCAUACUAUAUGUGUGUUUGGUUAAUCAGAGUUCAUGUGUGACACAAAUGUCAAUGCCAGUUUCUCAGUUGGUCACACCAGCACAGAUUUUGCACCUCUUAUUUUUCUUUUCUUUCUUUCUUUUUUUUUCUUUUGGGUGGGGCUACAACAUGGGAUUAAUCAAUGCAUGCUGAUGAAUAGUUGUCUUAAAGGAACACUCCACUUUUUAAAAGUAUAGGCUCAUUUUCCAACUCCCCUAGAGUUAAACAGUUGAGUUUUACCGUUUUCGAAUCCAUUCAGCCGAUCUCCAGGUUUGGCGGUACCACUU